AUGAGGCUGUUGGGACAUGCUGGUAGUGUCGUUCAUUCACUGUCACUCUCUGACUCGGACCAGUUCUCAGUCAUUUUGGAGGCUACGUAUUUCGAGAAUGUCAUGUUCAUUGAUCCUUUUGCAUUUUUCGCUGAUGUUUUCACUUUGUUUCUAGCUGCUUCGAGCAGUAGGAGCUUCGAGGGCAGUGGGACCAUUGAGAGCAGUGGGAGCUUCGAGAGCAGUGGGACCAUUGAGAGCAGUGGGAGCUUCGAGAGCAGUGGGACCACUGAGAGCAGUGGGAGCUUCGAGAGCAGUGGGAUAUCUGAGAGCAGUGGGAACAUUGAGAGCAGUGGGAGCUUCGAGAGCAGUGGGACCAUUGAGAGCAGUGGGAUAUCUGAGAGCAGUGGGAACAUUGAGAGCAGUGGGAGCUUCGAGAGCAGUGGGACCAUUGAGAGCAGUGGGAGCUUCGAGAGCAGUGGGAUCAUUGAGAGCAGUGGGAGCUUCGAGAGCAGUGGGACCAUUGAGAGCAGUGGGAGCUUCGAGAGCAGUGGGACAAUUGAGAGCAGUGGGAGCUUCGAGAGCAGUGGGAUCAUUGAGAGCAGUGGGAGCUUCGAGAGCAGUGGGACCAUUGAGAGCAGUGGGACCAUUGAGAGCAGUGGGAGCUUCGAGAGCAGUGGGACCAUUGAGAGUAGUGGGAGCUUCGAGAGCAGUGGGACCAUUGAGAGCAGUGGGAGCUUCGAGAGCAGUGGGAUAUUUGAGAGCAGUGGGAACAUUGAGAGCAGUGGGAGCUUCGAGAGCAGUGGGACCAUUGAGAGCAGUGGGAGCUUCGAGAGCAGUGGGACAAUUGAGAGCAGUGGGACCAUUGAGAGCAGUGGGAGCUUCGAGAACAGUGGGAGAUUUGAGAGCAGUGGGAACAUUGAAUUCAAUGUGAGCAUGGAGACCAUUGAGAGCAGUGGGAGCAUUGGGGGCAGUCCCGGAGCUUUAAUCGGUCAGAAUAUUGAGAGCAAUGGAAGCAUUGUGAGCAUUACAAGCAGUGAGAGCAGUUCCGAAGCGCUCCUAAAAGGCAACAACGGAGAAGUGAGCAUGUAUAGGAGCAAAAAACGUAGAAGGACUGCAGGGGGUGUCAGGCAGCCGCCACCGGCAGUGGAUCAACAGUUGGUGUCAGCUGGGAAUGCAAGGCCAGAGUCUGUCCAACCGGAGCCUAAUACAGAUGACAGUCCAUAGACAAGUACUAUGGGAAACGAAAAAGCCAGGGAAUGAAAAUGGGGUCGGAAGAUUACUCGAACGCGGAUUGCUGCUGACAUUGGCAUGACAUCGUUAAAAAUGAAUACUGAUACACUGUACAU